AUGCCAUCGAGAGCGAAGCGUCAGCAUAAGAAGAGCAAGAAGCAACGCGACAGGAGCAGGAAAGCGUCAGAGCACGACAGGAGCCAGAAGCACUCAGAUGGCGAGAAGAUUUGGUCGAUCCCCGAUUUUUGGAUCCCGCCGAGCAAAAAGGAGCUAGAGAGCUUACGAAGAUGGGAAGACCAGAUCAAUCAGAUGCAAUUCGCUGCCCUCCGGAUCGUCUUCAAGCGGGUGGAGGAACCCGAGGAGUUGGUCUGCACUGUCAGUGGCAUGCACGAUCGCGAGCGGGAUUUCAGUGUCAGUCCCAAAGACACGGAGCACCACCAGGCCCAGGAACCUCAAGCAAGGCUUGAGGGAUGA